CUCUCUCAUUGAUUCAGACGCUAUUACUUCCGUGUCAGGGAAGCUUUGGAUGGAUUAGCCUGUCGCCCAGAGGAUUCAUUAGGUGGUCAGAUCCUGGCUGGGGGUCCACUGGUUUGCUAGUGUGUGUGAGUGUGUGUAUAAGAGAGUGUGACUGUGCUGUUGAGUGAGAAUAAGUGCUAUCAUUGUACCCCCUCCCCUUUUCACCCUCUCUCCUCUCCUCGGAAACUGGAGCCAGCAUGGCUGAGGGGAAAAGACAUUGGAACAAGGAAGACGACCUGCCAGUGUACCUGGCCAGACCGGGCACCACGGCUCAAACACCCCGCCAGAAAUACGGGGGGAUGUUCUGCACCGUGGAAGGUGCCUACGAAAGGAAGACAAUAGAUUUCGACGCCUACAGCGUGGGGCGCAGGAGCUGCAAGGCGUCUCGCAGCUCCAGCAGACAGGACCUGCUGUCGCCGGAGUCAGACGGACUGAGUGAAACCGCCAGCGAUGUCAGUGAGGUCUCCGGCUCGGUCAUCAGCUCUCCCGGCGAGAGGGAGGAGAGAGCCCCGCUGGAGAUCAAACCUGCGACCGGCAAGGAGCUGCUCCAGGACUGGGAGCAGGGCAAGGGUGAUCAAAUUCUCAUCAAAGGUGGGAGGAUCAUCAAUGAUGACCGGUCUUACUAUGCCGAUAUUUAUCUAGAAGAUGGAAUCAUAAGACAAAUUGGGGACAAUCUAAAUAUCCCUAACGGUGUGAAAACCAUCGAGGCAAAUGGCAGGAUGGUUAUUCCAGGAGGAAUCGAUGCAAACACCUAUCUACUGAAACCCUACAUGAACACCACUAGUGUGGAUGAUUUCUUUCAAGGAACAAAGGCAGCCCUGGCAGGAGGAACCACAAUGAUAAUUGAUCAUGUUGUGCCCGAGAAGAAUGCCACUUUGCUGACUGCCUUUGAAAAGUGGCAUGAGGCAGCUGACAACCGAUCCUGCUGCGAUUACUCCCUGCAUGUGGACAUUCCUCAGUGGAACGAAGGCAUCAAAGAAGAGUUGGAAAUCUUGGUACAAGAGAAAGAUAUUAAUUCUUUUCAAGUCUACAUGGCAUAUAAAGACAUGUUCCAGAUGACAGACAGUGAGCUUUAUGAAGCCUUUACUUUUUUAAAGGAUCUUGGUGCUGUAAUAUUACUCCAUGCAGAAAAUGGUGACUUGAUUGCAGAGGAACAAAAGCGAAUCUUGAACAUGGGAAUUACAGGACCUGAAGGUCAUGCAUUGAGUAGACCUGAAGAGCUGGAGGCUGAGGCAGUAUACCGAGCGAUCAUGAUUGCCAAUCGGAUCAAUUGUCCCCUGUAUAUCACCAAGGUGAUGAGUAAAAGUGCAGCGGAUGUCAUUGCUCAAGCCAGGAGAAAAGGAGCUGUAGUUUUUGGAGAGCCAAUCACUGCAAGCCUUGGGACAGAUGGAACACAUUACUGGAGCAAAAACUGGGCCAAGGCUGCGGCUUUUGUGGCGUCACCACCACUGAGUCCUGACCCCAGUACACCUGACCACCUGAACUCACUACUUGCCUGUGGAGAUCUGCAGGUCACGGGAAGUGGCCAUAGUACAUUUACCACUGCUCAGAAAGCCAUUGGCAAAGAUAACUUCUGCUUAAUCCCUGAAGGCACUAAUGGUAUUGAAGAGAGAAUGAGUGUUAUCUGGGAGAAAGCUGUGGCCACAGGUAAAAUGGAUGAGAACCAAUUUGUCGCUGUUACGAGCACCAAUGCUGCCAAAGUUUUCAACCUGUAUCCAAGGAAAGGAAGGAUAGCUGUGGGAUCGGAUGCUGACCUUGUCAUCUGGGACCCAGACACAGUUAAAACAAUCUCUGCAAAGACGCAUCGCUCGGCUGUGGAAUAUAAUAUCUUUGAGGGAAUGGAAUGUCGGGGUGCUCCAAUAGUGGUCAUCAGUCAGGGGAACAUUGUCCUGGAAGAUGGGAAUCUGUAUGUUAAUCAAGGAACAGGUCGAUUUAUCCCUCGUAAGCCAUACCCUGAAUAUAUAUAUCAGCGUAUCAAGAUUCGGAACAAGUCAACGGAACUGCACGCGGUGGCUCGAGGGAUGUAUGAUGGUCCUGUGUAUGAAUUCCCAGUCACACCUAAAUAUGUCACUCCAGCUCCUUCAACCAAAACAUCCCCAACAAAACCACAGCAUGUACCAGUGCGAAACCUGCAUCAGUCUGGAUUUAGCCUAUCAGGUGCCCAGUUUGAUGAUAACGUUCCACGCCGUUCUGGACAUCGUAUUGUCAAUCCUCCUGGAGGACGCUCCAACAUCACAAGCUUAGGUUGACCGGGACUAGAUGAUUGAGCUGCUGGUAGCUGAUACGAGCAGUUUACUUACUUACAAGGCUAUCAGUGUUAUGAAUACCAGCCCUCUGUGGGGUAUUUCAGAAAAGAAACAAAGUGUGCGUGUGUCUGUUUGUCCCCUAGAAUGAAGUGAAUCAUGUAACGUAUUUUUGCUUGGAGUUGACUGCCACACAGUUGUGUUGCAUACCAUUGUCAUUUAGCAUGGUCCUGCCACUAGCGCUGUCCACAAUGACACUGGUUUAGACAUGUUCCUCGUAAUUCUUAAUAAGGGUUCUUUGCACAUUUUAGCUAUUAUAGAAGUUAGUGCAUGAUGCUCAGAGAUGCAAUUUCUGUUUUAUGUAUGGAAAAUAAACUCUUUAGGUCAAAUUGCCAAGAACUAAAGUGAUUUAGCCAGAAUUGUUAGCAAAACUGAUGUUAAUUUAUGGCACAAUAUCCCUUUUUUUUAUCAUCAGCAAAAAGAUAAUCAGAAGUAGGAUGGCUCAAACGUUGGUAUAGGUGUGCAAGGUAUGGUUAUCUCAGUGGAUUCAGUUACAUUCAGACUCACUGCAGCAUAGCCAUUGCAUUUAAAUUCUUAAGAGUUAGUUAUACCUCACAGCAUUAACAGGGAAUGAUAUUAAUGCAACAAAAAAAUCA